AUGGCUUCUUCAACCCCACGAAUAGAGAUAUACAACUCCCCAAAAAGGAAACGGGGAGCACUUGACUCAAUAGAGAGCAGUCCACACGGUUCACCUAGGAUAUCGCGCAUUACGACAGCACUACCAGAGUAUCCAUUUCCUCAAGAACUUCAAGACAGAUCUCCCAGGCCUGAGGAAGGAAGCCCAAGCUCCAGAGUGACAGGUCAAUUCCGAACCCUUGAUUUGCAGGGAACCUUCGUACGACAAAUCGCUUUCACAGAUGCCGGUCAUGCAAAGAAGCGCUUUGCGCAGGCAAACGAGGAGCAACUAUCGCAAAAUACGGACGACGACCCCUCCCCCGAUGCUCAAUGCGCCUCGUCGCCGCCAGAUCCCGAGAACAAUGUCUACCCUGCCCGUGAGAAUCCUGGUCUCGAGAAGUUCACGCCCUCCUCGAACAUCGUAGAUCGACCGCGGGCGCAUAGCAGAUCCCCACCAUUAGAUGGGGAUCCAGAAGACAAUCCAAUGACAUGGCAUGAAUCAGAAAUCACAGGACAUAACCCUACAGAUCCGAAUGACGACGGAUAUGGCAUCAACGGCAUUGGCUUUAGACCGACACCCGCAAUCGCAUGGGCUCGAUCACAAAGAAGAAAACAACAGCUUGCGGAGUACAGAAACAGAGAAGCUCGAGAAGCUCGGGAGCGGAGGAGCCAGAGAAGACGGGGCGAGAGUGCUGAGCUAUCAGCCGAAAAUGCUGAAAAUACGAAGAAAAAAGGUGCUAAGGUGCGAUUUGGUGACAGGAACUGA